AAACACCGAAUGAGGGCUUUUUCGCGCGUAAACGUUGUGAAAACUGGUUAAAAAGGGGAAAUUAUAUGGAUGUUACAGUGUAUUUAUUUCAACAGUAGCUCCCUGGUUGAUGGGGAGAACUAAACGUGGGCUGCUGUUACGCGCUCUGGGUGUGUCGGCUGACGUAAGGGAAGUCCGCUAUCCGGUGGCUGCACUGUGGGAACAGUAUAAAUCCGCGCCACUGUACCACUCAACGAUGGGAAAAAGUUGCACUGGAGUUCAAGCGCGGUGUCCUGUUGCGUGAUCUCCCGCAGUUUAAAUCAGGAAACCAAUCAUCUCCACUCACUGAAACCUCGGCACAACAGCCUGGCGCGCUGUGUGCAGGCAGCUCUUUGCGGGGGAAAAAACAACCGCCAGGAAUAAAAAAAAAGAAUAUUUUUUAAUUUUGAAAACUACUCUCUGCCUCGGAGUCGCCGUACACCAUGAAGUCUGCUCUCAUCUGCCUGCUUUGUGGAUUUUAUGGUGUUUUAGCCAAAGAUACAGAACAAAAGGGAAAGUACAACGUCCCCAACUUGGACGUGAAAACUCAACAGCUGAUCGUGGACGCCAACCAAACGCUACUGCUCAGCUGCAGGGGUCGCUGGGAGCUGACGUGGGCGUACCCGUCAGGUGUGGCCAAGGACCAGGUGCAAGUGGAGGAGUCUCGCUGUGGGAGGACGAGCCAGCACUACUGCAGCCGUCUGACGGUCAGCAACAGCCAGGUCCAGAACACGGGCGCGUACCGCUGCAGAUAUCGCCACCGACCCCUGAAAGUGUCCUCGGUUUAUGUAUAUGUCACAGACAGCCAGCAGCCAUUUGUGGAACAUCCGGAUAUGAGCCCCGACGUCUUGUACCUGAUGGAGAAGCAGCCGCUGGUCAUUCCGUGCCGAGUCACUCACCCCAACGUCACCACCACACUGGUCAAGGUCAGUUUUCUCCCACAGCUCCACAACCCGAGCUUGAAACCAGACCAGAUGAACAUCAUCUGGAACAGCAAGCAGGGCUUCACCAUCCGAAGUCCCACCUUCUAUUACAUCGGCCUCUUCUUCUGCCAGACCGUCAUCGGCGACGUCACAUACAAGUCGCGAAAUUACUUUGUGCACAGGCCAGUGAGUAACAUCAUGGAGGUUUAUCUGAACGGCAGUGGACGUGUGCAGGCCCUGAAGGGGAAGAGUCUGGUCCUGAACUGCACCGCCACCGGGGAGUUGAACACCAGAGUGACCAUCAACUGGGAUUAUCCUGGAAAGGUUAACAACGACGCGUUCAUCAUCAGGAGGCUUGUGAAGCACAGAACGCACAUGGAGUUCUACAGUAUCCUGACCAUCCCGAAACUUCAGCGGACAAACCAGGGUGUUUACACGUGCCGUGUCAGCAGCGGCGAAAACGCCAAACAAAAGGAAGUCACGGUGACCGUUUACGACCGUCCGUUUAUCCGUCUGAAGCCCAGAAAUGAGUCUGUGCUGGAGGUUCAAGCCGGACAGAAAUCUUACAGAAUCUCUCCCAAAUUAAAAGCUUUUCCUGCCCCGAAGGUCAUCUGGCUGAAGGACGGCAUGGUGGCUGCAGAGCAAUGCUCCCGAUACCACAUGGAUGGGAAUUCCCUGGUGAUCCGGGACGUCGCAGAGGAGGAUGCCGGGAAGUACACGGUCCUGGCGAAAAUCCAGGAAUACGGACUUUACCAGAACCUCACGCUCACACUCGUCGUCAACGUGAGUCCUCAGAUAGGAGAGAAAAAGGUUUCAUUGCAGGACCCGGGUUCUGUGCCACGGGGGAGCAGACGAGCCCUGCACUGCACGUCCCACGGAGUCCCUCCUCCACACGUCCAGUGGCUCUGGCAUCCUUGUCCAUCUAAAGGCCGCCCGGCUGCACCACAAGCCUGACGCCGUGCCAGAGGAGGAGGCCCAGUGACUGGGCACCAGGCUGGGCCCGGCUGAUGGGGGGCCCUCACGCCUGGGUCCUGGGUCCAUUCCUGGGUCUGGCCCUGGGAACCGCAGCGCUCUUAUCUGGCCCAAGCAGGAGGCGCACUGGGCUUCCUGUGCAAAAAUCAGAGCGCUUUUCCUCUCGUUGUUUGGCUUCCUCUCCGAUGCGAGACGCUUCCCAGCAGCGUGAUUGUCCCUUCGUCUUCAAACGUGGCACAGACCACUUCCUCAAGAGCUUGAUCUAUUCUUGAGAGCCCCUAACCCCCCACCACCACCAUCACUCCCCUUCCCCCCAUCUCUGCUGCCCCCACACACAUACCUUACCUAACCCCUCCCUCGCCACCACAACCCAGCGUUUUCUCUCCCUAUCCCAGAAGAACAACUGCCCACCCAUCAGCUCCCAAACCUGGAGCUCACCUCCCCUCUCCACAAACUCCAGCCAGAACUCUCAGUGACAUCACCGGUGAUCCUAUAAGCCACCCAUGGUCCUGUGCUUGUUAAUCUGCUGUAGAAAGUGAGGAACGUUGAACACUGCUGAGCAGUGACGACAUGGGGACACAGGAAGAAUAUAUAAGUCACAUCACGAAGGAUAUAAGGACUGCUUUACUCUUAUUAUUUAUUUAUUGUCUUCAUUCCCCGACUUUCAUUCCUCCCCUCGCUCCCAGUCAUCAUGUAGUUGUUUAUGCUUUCUUUUUUUUAUAUAUAUAACAUUACACAGACAUUUUGAGCCAGAAGAAGUGCAAUCCUAUCCAUCUGUCCAUCCAUCCAUCCAUCCAUCCAUCCACCAGCCACAUUUCUGGAGCUGCUUUGCUUGUUUUUUGUGUCCUAGAGUGGUACUAUAAUGGGUGCAUGAACCAUGCCAUGUCUCAAGCCCACGAUCUGAUUCUGACAUCCACCAAAGCUGUGAGUUUCUGUUCCGAUUUUUUUUUUUUUAGCCACUGGUAGAAGGUCACCGUGUGCUCACCGUUGGAUGGGCAAAACAAGAGAGAGGACAAAGCUUUGUGUUGAUCACUAUGGGAUGCCCACAGUUCUCUAUUAAAAAAAAAAGAAAAAAAAAGAGAAAAGACUGAAGGUCUAAAGCAGACAACCUACCAUGUAGGACGUCUCACCGACCAGAGACUAUGACUGCCCGCUGUCGUGUUAUGUCACCCUGUGUUGUCCAGCGUCCACAGCAAAAUGUCUUCCGUUUGUGUGUCCGUGUGGUAACAGUCCUGUCGUCUUUGUAUCAAGUAAAAAAUAUAAAUGUACUGUACGUGUGAUACUACAACCUAUUUUAAUAGAACGAGUGGAUCCUGUUUCCUGUUUAAGUACAUUUAUUUUCUCUGUGUGUGCGUGCGUGUGUGUGUGUGUGUGUGUCCUAUUCUACGGGUGUCUCCCAAUGUGACUCAUUCCUUUGUAUACAGAUGUUUUAUGAGUAAUAUAUGAAUCUAAUAUUUAAUAAUUUUAUACAACUAACUUACAUAUGAUGAAUGACAAUAUUUGCCAACUUUGUAUGAAUCUGUUAAGACGUUGUUAUAUCAGUUGUCUGUGGGAUUUUCUUUUUGAUUUUUUUUUUCAUUUCAUUAAACUUUGCUUAUGUUUGUGUA